GGGAAGUAAACCGGCAAGAUGGCGGCAUUUUAAAAAGUUGUGUUGCGACUUGCCCAGUUUUGGAUGGAACUUUACCAAAGCUAUUUCAUCAAAAAUGGGCGAUAAUUUUCCUUCAGAAGCCGAUAUUGAUCAGGUUUUGGCUGUGUGUCCUGAACUGGACACAAACGACGUGCGAAGGGACCUGAAAUAUACUAGAAAUGUUGAGUUGACGGUGAACAGAGCCCUGGACGGGAGGUUCUUUCAUGGACCUCAAGUAUUUGACCUGUUAGAUGUAGCAGACCAGCCUACAGUAGAACAGCCAACAUGUGACAGCAGCACUGACAUCAACUCUGAUGACGACAAUGAUCUCCCCAACAUCACACUACAACCUACAGCCUGUACCAGUAACAUUAGGAAAGACAUAAGUAGUGACAGUGACUCUGAUUCUGAGCCAAGAAGUUUCCAACUACUGAAGAAGAAACAGGUAUCCCCUGCAAAACAGAAAAAAAGCAGCAAUGUGGCUUUGAAAGGAAACACAAGACAUGCAGUUAACUCUACAGCAAAAAACUCAUCAGGAAAACAUACCUUUGCCUCACCCUCAAAGUCCAGUGACCACAUGUACGUUGAAGAUGAUGUGAUAUCAGUGGAAUCGAAGUCAUCCCCAAUGGAAAAGUACAACACCUUCAAGAGGCAUCCUCGAGACCUGUCUCCAAGUGCCUCAUCAAGCUCGGAAGACGACGUUCCUCCAAGAAAACUUCAACGAGAAGAAGCCAAGCCAAGUCCUAACACAAAGUCUUCCGGAAAACAGGCUACCUUGAGUAAAAAAUCUGCCGCUUCCUCUGUUGUAGCUAUUUCGAGUAGUGACAGUGACAGUGAUGACGAUAAAUGGAGAGUGCCUCUCUCAUGCAGGCUUAAUAUUUCAAAAGCAACUCCUGCAAAUAACAUUAGCUCAACAAAAGGUGGUUCAUCUGAUGAAAAAGGCUCUUAUGCAGUUGGUAAGUCAAGCACUGUAACAACUCCACCAAGAAGUGCCACCAUAGUUAAUAGUGUCAGGGAUGGAGAAAGUGGUUUGACUUGCAGCAGUCAAAGGAGUGGUGAGUCGGACUCUCAAGGCACCAAGAACGUCAACAAAGGAAAGAAGAGAAGCCCUGAGGAGAUACAGGAACGAAGAAGACAGGCUUUGUUGAAAAGGCAAGAGAAGGAGCUAGAAAGACAGCGGAAGAAGGAAGAGAGGGAACAACUUCAGCAAGAGAGGGAAGCAAAGAAGAAAAUGAAGGAGCUGGAAGCAGCAAAGAAAAGGGCAGAAAGAGAAACCUUCAAAAACAUGAAGCCAGGAGAGUGUUUAAAGUACAUCACAGUGGUUCUGGACAGACACCUUGCAGAGUCUCCCAGUGGAGGAAACAUCCUAACUCAGCUGCACAGCUCAGAAUCUAAGUACCAGAUCAUGGACCAGCUAGUCCCUUAUAGUGUCACCUGGAGGAGAACUGUAACUCUUCAUAACUUUGGUGAAGAUAUACAGCUUGGCUCUGUCAGUACCAAAGACAUAGAGGAAGAAGAGACACUGGUCUAUGUUCCUGUUGCUGACUUUGUACUUCUGGUUCACAACUACAAACAGCAACAGCAAGGAGACAGCUGUGUGGAGACCUUACAAUCUUUCGUCCAUGGAGUAAAGGACAUCUAUCAAGGGAAGAAAGUCACUCUGGUUGUACAAGGGCUGGAAAAAUACUUCAGGGACCACAGCACCCAACGACAGAGGCAGUUCAGGGAUAUAGUGAGAAACAACGGUGUGAUGACUGAUGACAGCAAAAAGGGAAAGAGGAAGAAGAAGGAAAGGGAGACAGAAAAUAGCAUCAUCGUUACAAGGAUAGAUGUUGAGGAGGCCCUGGUCCAUCUCCAGCUAUGGGAAGAUGUGGUGGUGAAGUUGUUGGAGGAACCAGAACAAGUGGCAGACAUGGUCAGGAUGUACACCAAGGCUGUGGCAGAAACACCUUUCAAGAGACAGAGAGACGAGUCUACCUUCUCGUUCCACAUCGAGAGUAACGCAGCCAACUGUGUGAAGGUGGACAGGGAGGGGCGGGGUCUGCUGAAGGUGUGGCAGAGACACAUCCAACAGAUGAGGAACGUCAGCCCAGAAAUGUCUGCAGCCAUCGUGGCAGAGUACCCCUCACCACAGCUGCUGCUGCAGGCAUAUGAAAGGUGUUCCACAGAAAAAGAGGCACAGAUGCUACUCAAAGAUAUCAUGGUGAGAAGAGGAGCAGGUGUGUUGGCUACCUCCAGGAGAAUCACAAUUUUGCAUAAAUUAUGCAAAUAA